CAGCCUGAGCAAACAGCAGCAGGAAGAAUGCUGAGGUCGUAAGAAUUAACAGAUUAUUAAAGAUGCAUUGGGCUACGCCUUACUCAUGGACUGAAAAUGUCAUCAAAAAAGUCAUCAAACCCUCUAUAAAUAAGUCCAUGAUUAUUUCUCAGGGAAGUUGUCAGGUGUUGCAACACUGCUCAGUUGUUUAUUUUCCUUCAUCAACAGAACAAAGACUGAAAUAUUUACUAGAUUAUUUAAAUGUUAUUUUAUAGACCACUGUCUAUACAAAAAGUAAUGUUUUCAGCAUAUACAGCUCAGGGAAUAGCAAGAAAAUUUUAAUCUGAUAAAAAAUGAUUUACUUUUGAAACAACAAAACAAUGAGAAAAAAAAAAAAGCACAAGGUCAGGUUCUAAAAUGAAGUAAAACACUGAUCAAAAUGGGGGACAAGCCUUUUAUCCUUACCCAACCAAACCCAGAAUUUAGCACAGGGUAUUUGAUUCUGCCAUCAAAACAUGUCUUGAUUCUUUGUAUUACAGCACUAAAAUAAAUUACUUUGGGCCGUAGCCUCCCCUUGAAACCCAAGGUAUUCACAGUUCAUUUGCAUUGCCUUCUGCCCACUCAGCACAGCCACAUCCAUCAGCCUGAUCAUGCGCUCUGCAGGGUGAGCCACGUCCUUAAUUGCCAAGGAGAAACACGGGCAUAACCAACCACACGGGCAGCAUCGCCUUGGCUUUCCACAAAGCCGGGAGGGUGCGGAUGGAGGUGCUGGAGCCGCAGGGAGACAUCCCUGCCUUUGGAACAGCGUUCUGAGGGGCAGGCCCUGCGCUGGGCAGCACCCUCAGCGCCGCGGGCCGCAGGGGGACAGGGCAGCCGUGCCCAGCCCGAGCACAGACCCCGGGAAUGCUCCGUGCGGGAAGGGACUGCAGAGCCCAUCCUGUCCCACCCCCUGCCAUGGGCAGGGACACCUCCCGCUGUCCCCGGCUGCUCCGAACCCCGUCCGACCCGGCCUCGGACACCUGCAGGGAUGGAGCAUCCACAGCUGCUCUGGGUACCUGUGCCAGGGCCUCGCCACCCUCACAGCGAGGAAUUCCCCGCAAAACCCAAUCCCAGUGGAUCAAAGCUGGAAAUCCCCCUGUGGCUUGCUAAAGGGCUGCACGACAGCAAAAGGAGAAUCAUCUCUGUGGAACUGCCAAAGAUUUACAAGGAAGCCUGGAGGACGGUGUUCAGUGCUGAUGCCAAUGUGGUUGAUCUGCAUAAAAUGGGGCCCUACUACUACGGAUUUGGCUCACAGCUCCUGAAUUUUGAGAAUCCAGAGAAUCCUGAGAUAGCUCAGACUAUCCUGCAGACGUUCAUUGCCCGUUUCCGCCGCAUCAUGGACUCCUCUCAGAACGCCUACAACGAGGACACGUCUGCGCUGGUGGCUCGGCUGGAUGAGCUGGAACGGGCUCUCUUUCAAGUGGGUCAGAAAGGGCUGAAUGACUUCCAGUGCUGGGAAAAGGGACAGGCUUCUCAAAUCACAGCUUCCAGUCUGGUGCAGAACUAUGGGAAAAGAAAGCUCACAGAAGUGGAUGGUUAAAAGUCCGAAGAACACAAAGUUACAGUGGGGGAUACAGAUUUACAGCCUGUCGUAGAAGAGUAAAAUCAAUCAAUUUAGGGAAGGACAGGCUCCCUGUCCAUUAAUGGGAAUUCUUCUCUGUAACAGCUUUGGAUAAAACUAAUGAAAAUUUUAAAGGCAGAGGGCAAGGGUAUAAAAACUAGAUCACACCACUGAACAGCCUUACAGCUUACUCAUAGCACUCCUGAGGAGUUGCAGCUGAAGUGUUUGCUAGAUGGCUGAAAGGCUAUGAGAGGAUUUUCUAGAAGGGUAAUAAAUACUAAUUAUUGCUCCAAGUUGAUAUUUACCAAAUCUGGACAGAAAUGUAAUUUAUGUAUUUCAUCUUGUCCUUCCAAUCCCAACCUCCUGGAAACAGCUGUUGAUUCUAUGAACAGCUACUUCCAGGUUCCCUGUUCUUUAGAGAGCCCCAGUGAUGUGGAAAAAAUUCUGAUACAGCAUUAAUUUUUUUUCUUUUCUUGUACACUGGGGUGGAACAGGUGCUCUUUGUGGAGCAGGAGUGUUUUUCUUUGCUGACCUGUACACAGUACCAGUGCCCUGGAGAGAAAUACCUCCUCAAACCCACACAGCAAGUGGCUGCACAGGUCUCGUGCUGCCUUGUCCUCUCUCUCCCUUUUUGGCCCUUGUGACCUUAAUGCUGUGCAGUAAAGAGUGUUCUUGUCUGAUGCCUGUGGCUUUUGUGCUGGAUGUGGGAAUUGGCUGUCUCUGUGAUGGGUAUUCUACAGAGAAGGAAGCAGAAGGCAGCAAAGAGUAAAGUCUGGACCAGAUCAAAAGCAGAAACUUCAAUGGAAACUCUGCCCCAUUAUCAACCUUUGAGAUAUUUGUUCCUCCUGUGAAAAAUUCAUCUGGUUUCUAAAUUUGGUUAGUAGAAGAGACAGAGCAAAUGAACUGAGUUUCCUUCCUUCUGAUCCAUCCAAAUGAAUCUAGGAAUAUGAUCCUGGUAAAUGUCAUCCUUGCCAGUAGGAGUGACUGGAUUUGGGACUUGCUAAACAGCACAAUGGUUAUCAUCCCAUGUGGAUGCCCUUAAACCCGGAUCAUCUCAAGUCCCAUUGGACUGGAGACAGAAGACAUGGUUAUCUCUGUAGGGCUUAGUUCCUGCAGUCAUCAGGAUGGUUGUCCUUUGGGAGCAGUAUUAGACACCUUUCAGGUGCUUCUGUGCCUCUGUAGAAAUAGAACCUAAGCAGAGGAGCUGGAUCCUGGUGCUGCUGAGCACUUCCACUUCUGUGGGAAGCUUAUUUCACCUCCCUGGGAGGUGACAGCAAGAUCCAAGUCUCAGAGGAGCUGUUACUGGACUUGCAGAUGCACCUGGAUAUUGGAUACUUCAAACAAGGCCUCGAGCAUCAAGGGCAAUUCCUUGGCCAGAGAUGUUGAAGCUCAGCCUGUGGAGGUGGCAAGAGGGGACAGUGUUGUGCCUUCACAACUAUCACAGUGCCUCCCCCUCAGCUGCACAGGGCCAGCUGUCCUGCCACAGGAGACUAGCUGGAAGCUUGCCUGACAAAGUAUUUGAAGUAUGUGCAGGAUGAAGUGCUUCUGCACUUAAUGACUUAAUGGCACAUAAUGGCUUAUGCAUUUGGCAGUUGUCCAUUUCUGGAUUUUUAUCUUGAAUAAAUGUUUUGCAAGGGAA